AUGAGGAAAAUUCUUGUUUUGAAAAUUCUUCUUCAUUUCUUCAAGGUCGAGGCUUGGAUCGCUGAAAAAUCUUACAAAGAAAAUCCAUGCUAUUCGAAAAACAACUGCAAACCCGAGGAAGUUUGCGUCCCAGAAGGGCAAUCGCUGUACCAAUGCUGCGAUGUUGGAUGGGAUUAUGAUGAAUUUGAAAAAUGCCGUAGUGGGAUCGCCCAUCCAUGCCUUGACCAACAUCCCUGUCAAGAGGAUGAGGUCUGCCAGCAGAAGAUUAAAACUAAUGAGAUUUCUCAUGACUUCGAUUGUGUCAAAAAGGAUGAAAAAUGUCUCGGAACAGUCGUUUGCGAGGAGUACCACCUUGGUUCCUGUUCCGCCAAUCAUCCGGAAAACCGAACUCGCAUUCCCGUCCGCAGCCUCGGCGACUGCUACAACCUUUGCGACCAACGAGACGAUUGCCUCGGCUUCGACAUUGACGAAAAGGGCGGCUGUUUUCUCGCUAAUCAAGACUGCCUCGAAGGAAACUCGACUCUUGUCCAAGAUGAUGGUCUUGAAGGCUGGUCAAAGUAUGAAUGCCCUUGGGGAUGGUGGUGCUAUUAUAUGGAUUUGAGCAGUUACAAGCCGAUUAAUAGAAAACUUCGGAUUCAGUACAUUUACUAUCCGAUGAAGAAAUGCAAAGCGCCCGAGCGCUCAGAGGAAUGCUCAAAAGACUUGUUGAAGGACCUCGAUGAUCAUAUGAAGCAAGGCAAUGUCAUGCUAUCAAUAGAGCCAAGCGUCAAAGAACUAGCAGGAAUCUACGGCGAAAUUCAAACGCUCGAGACAUCUUUUGCCGACCAAGCGAAUGGAUAUAUCAACGUUCUCGUCGGCCUAAGUGUGUUGCUCCUGCUGAUUAAAAUUGUCGGGAUGAUUUUGAAAGCGACGAAGACGGAUGAGAUCAUCAUUGAAAAAUUGCCGACAAAACAAAUUCUCUGA